AACGUCUCGCAAAGUUUACUGAAAAUGUGUCUAAAAGUUUUAAUAUUGUUUUUGUCUCUUAGUGGUACGUUAGCCGCUGACGCGUGGAGAAAACCCGGAUGUCAUCGUAUAGGUCAUACGAGGAAUAUCAGCAUACCAGACUGCGUCGAGUUUAAAAUCACGACAAACGCCUGCCGCGGCUUCUGCGAGUCGUGGUCGCUGCCGAGCAUCAUGCUGGGGUACAAGCGGCAUCCAGUCACGUCGUUAGGACAAUGCUGCAAUAUUAUGGAAGCUGAAGAUGUUCCGGUUAAAGUUCUUUGUUUGGACGGAGAGAGAAAUUUAGUGUUUAAAUCAGCAUUAUCUUGUGCUUGUUAUCAUUGCCAAAAAGAAUAAAAUGCGUGUGCCUACUUUACUACUGAAUAUUAAAUUCAAUUAAAAUUGUAUAAAACUCUAUUAAAAUUUAAUGCAUUGGUAAUAAAUUAUUAAUAACCAGGGACUCUUUGCAACAUGUAAGUAGUAGGAGUUAGAAAUCUAAGUAUGUUGUGCAUUUACUUACUUAUUUUCUAAUAUUUUACUGAAGUAACUAUUCAAACUAACAAUAAUUUAUGUUUUAAGAUUAUAAAAUAAGAUUAAAUUAUAUUUUA